CAUAUUGGGAAGUGCCGCCGCCGCCGCCGCCUCCGCUGGGGAUCCUGGGCUGUGUCGGGGGUCACAGCCGCCGGCGGAAGGUACCCCCGUGUGCCCUGCCGACGCUCGGCCCGCCGGCCUCGCCCAGACCCGGCUCCUCAUGACUGCCUUCGGCCCCGCAGCCCACGGACAUCGCCCCACCUCCGAGAAUUAACACGGAAGCUCCGGGGCCGGGGCCGUGAGGGAGAGCCGGCCGGUCCCGCGUCCCUGUCUGUCCGGCGCGGCGCCCCGGCCGGAGCCAUGACCUCGCUGACCCAGCGGAGCUCGGGCCUAGUGCAGCGGCGCACCGAGGCCUCGCGCAGCGCUGCCGACAAGGAGCGGGCGGCGGGCGGCGGCGGCGGCAGCGGCGAGGACGAGGCGCAGAGCCGCCGCGACGAGCAGGACGACGACGACAAGGGCGACUCCAAGGAAACGCGGCUGACCCUGAUGGAGGAGGUGCUCCUGCUGGGCCUCAAGGACCGAGAGGGUUAUACAUCAUUUUGGAAUGACUGUAUAUCAUCUGGAUUACGUGGCUGUAUGCUAAUUGAAUUAGCCUUGAGAGGAAGGUUACAAUUAGAGGCUUGUGGAAUGAGAAGAAAAAGUCUUUUAACAAGAAAGGUGAUCUGUAAAUCAGAUGCUCCAACAGGAGAUGUUCUUCUCGAUGAAGCUCUAAAGCAUGUUAAGGAGACUCAGCCUCCAGAGACAGUCCAGAACUGGAUUGAGUUACUUAGUGGUGAGACAUGGAAUCCAUUAAAAUUGCAUUAUCAGUUAAGAAAUGUACGGGAACGAUUAGCCAAAAACCUGGUAGAAAAGGGUGUACUGACGACAGAGAAACAGAACUUUCUCCUGUUUGACAUGACGACACAUCCUCUCACCAAUAACAACAUUAAGCAGCGCCUCAUUAAGAAGGUACAAGAAGCUGUUCUUGACAAAUGGGUAAAUGACCCUCACCGAAUGGACAAGCGCUUGCUGGCCCUCAUUUACCUAGCCCAUGCCUCGGAUGUUUUGGAGAAUGCUUUUGCUCCUCUUCUGGAUGAGCAGUAUGAUUUAGCCACCAAGAGAGUACGGCAGCUUCUUGACUUAGACCCAGAAGUGGAGUGUCUGAAGGCCAACACCAACGAAGUUCUAUGGGCUGUCGUAGCUGCGUUUACCAAGUAACUGUCAGAAUGAAAGGUUUCCUUUUUCUCAUGUGAACCAGUAGUUUUUUUCUUCUAUUGACUUCUGGUUUUCUGCAGUUUGUACUUUCCCACACUAAUAAUUGGCUUUUGUUCUACAAAAUGGUGGGUGGCUAUUCUUUUUGUAUGUACGCAGGAUUCUGCUGGUACGAGAGGCCUUCCUCUUUCUGUUUUUAACCAACCUACUGCCAUAUUGGCACCCCAUUCCCUGUUGCCAUUUUCACUGUUAACCUGUUUUGGGUUUCUGGUGUACUUUGACUUUCAGAGUAGCUCCAGUCACCUCACAGAUUUUGGAUUACCUCAGCUCAAGUUUUCCCACAUGUGCAUACUCACCUGGCAUUCUGCCUACAAUUCAGACAAGUCACAACAAGGCCUUCAACUCACCAAAGGUAAAUAUCUGUAUCUAUUAGGACAUUUUAUAACCAUAGACCUCAGUUGAGAUGUAUACUUAGCAAAAUUAUUUUUAAAUUGAAACAGCACAGUAAAUACAUAAUAUAAAAUGCCCCUUGGAUUUUGCUUCCUAUGUAAAUCUAUUGUAUGAUUAUAGCUGUUAUAAUUUUAGCUAUUAAAUCAUAAAGGUCCAAUUGUUUCACAAAGCCAGUUUGGGAUGAACUGCAUUCCACUUAUGCUUGUAUAUAGUUUGAAUUAUAUAUGAAUUGCCUCUUCUUCUGUUCACUUCUGCCUCGUCUUAGUGUUUUGAAAAUUUUAAUUGUGCAUCUGGUGCCCCUUACUUAGCUUCAUUCAUUGUCAUUUGAUGGCAAAAUAGACCCCUCAUCAUUGAAGGAGAAGUGUGAUUCAUUCAGGGCUCUUUCUGAAGCCAAGCCUCACUUAGCUUCAUUCAUUGUUAUUUGAUGGCAAAAUAGACCCCUCUCAUCACUGAAGGGGAGAAAAGAUGUGUGAUUCAUUCAGGGCUCUUUCUGAGUUGUGCGCCUCAUGAUACUCUGCCUGUACAUUCUUUUCUUCUUUUUUUUUUUUUUUUAACUUUUCCUGUUUUUAUGAUUUCGAUAGGAAAGAGGCUUGUGACCAGUACUAAUCUUGAGUACAGUUUUUUUUUUCCCAUUUUUCGGUCUUCAAGUAAAUUAAUAUCUGCUCUGAAAUAUCAUUUAUCUAUUCAUCCUUUCUUGGGGAAAAGAAAAUCAGAUAUCACUCCUAGCAGAUGUUGCAUGUAAAUUGGUAGCGAGUAAUGACUACAACCCAGACGAUUAAGAAUUUUGUAAUAGAAAGCUCUGCUAUGUUUUAAUUUUUAUAUACAAUUAUGAUAAUUAGCACAUCGUAAGACUACAAACCUGCUUUUUAAUGUUGAUUUUAUUCAUUAUCACUGUUUAUUUACCAUUGGUUUCAUAAUGUAAAUACUAUACAUUGAACAAAUUAGAUGUCAAAUUUUUUAUUACUAUAGUUCAUGUUAAUAGUGGGGCUUUCAGGUGUCUAGAAACUUUUGGUUAACAUUUGAUGCAAAAAUACUAGACGCGGAUAACUUUAGAGUUGAAUUUUAAGGGUCUCCCUAAUAUGUAUACUAUCUUUUUAUCUGAAGUAAUAAAUAAACUAUGAUCUUGAAAGUGCCUGAAUCAGA